UCCAGAUAGGGGCUGGCACCGAGUCGGCGAGGGCAACCGCGAGAGGAGCGACGCAAAUUACGGCCGCAAUUAUGAUCUGAUUGCGCUGCGGCUCGUGCGCGGGCGCGCGCCCACGGACACUCAAGCCACGACCGAUGCGCGCCGUGGAUUAUGUCGAAUUUCUGACGACGUCUCGCCGAACCGCGUGGAGCGCUUCGAGUUGGAAAUUAAAACAAGUUGCGUGAUCGUGGAGGGCGGCGGGAGGAUGCGCGGGAGUUUUGCGGGGUGGAGCGCGUGAGAGGGGGACAUGGCAAACGGAGGCGACCAGUUCGGCCUCGCUGAGCGUCCAGACUCCAACUUGGAUUCUCCCAAGGAGAAGAAAAAGGACAAUCUCAGCAGUUACAAUUUAAAAUCACCCGCUUCGCCACAAACGACAAAUUCCAGCCAGCUGGGCAUGGACGGGAUCAAAGUGUUCCUUCACGACCGGGAUCUUUGGAGCAGGUUCGAUGAGGUGGGAACUGAAAUGAUCAUCACCAAGGCUGGAAGGAGGAUGUUCCCCAGUUAUAAGGUGAAGGUCACAGGACUCAACCCCAAAACCAAAUACAUCCUCCUCAUGGACAUUGUGCCCGGGGAUGACCACCGCUACAAGUUUGCAGACAACAAAUGGUCGGUAACGGGUAAGGCCGAACCGGCGAUGCCGGGCAGACUCUACGUCCACCCGGACUCUCCUGCCACGGGGGCCCACUGGAGCCGCCAGCUGGUGUCUUUCCAGAAGCUCAAACUCACCAACAACCACCUGGACCCAUUUGGACACAUAAUACUCAACUCCAUGCACAAAUACCAGCCUCGCGUCCAUAUUGUCAAGGCGGACGAGAACAACGGCUUUGGGUCGAAAAACACGGCUUUCUGCACUCGUGUCUUCUCUGAGACCGCCUUCAUUGCGGUGACCUCCUACCAGAACCAUAAGAUUACUCAGUUAAAGAUAGAGAACAAUCCCUUUGCAAAGGGCUUCAGAGGCAGUGACGACAACGAGCUGCACCGCAUGGCCAAACUACAAGGUAAGGACUACCCCGUGGUCCCACGCAGCGCCGGCCGUCCGAGAGCGUGCUCCAGCGGGAGUCCCUUCGGCGGGGAAGUCCGGGUUCUGAGGGUCUCACCCGAAGCGGCCGCGUCGCCCUACAGCUGUGAGAACGGCCUGAGCGGCAGCAGCAGCCCGCGGUCGCUGCUGGGGGCUCCGUCCACGCACUACACUUUGUCUCGUCCUCAACACGUCCAGCAGCCUCAACUUUACCACUGCACCAAAAGGAAAGUGGAGGAGAACUGCGCUACAGGAAACUGCCAGCACCCGUUCAAGAGAGCCUUCCCCGGUAGCUCAGCUGGUAGGGGCCCGGGCGACUCCUACUACCACGCCUCCCCCUUCGCCCCUUCCCCGACACCCGCCGUGUCCGGCACGCCUGGCCUGCCUCUCACAGACGCCCCCUACAGCUCCGACAUGGGUCAACGUCAGGCGUGCAUGUUUGCGGGCUCAGAGCGCAGACUUGAUGACCACGGCUGUGCGUCCUGGUCAUACACCUGCCCGCUGCCCUCCGCCAUGACCCCCGUGGAGCCCUACCCGCCUUUUAACCCUCACCCCCCCUACAGCUCCAGCCCGCAGGGCUCUCGCCUCAGCGCCGUAGCCCACCACGGCUCGCCGCCGCUGGGGGAAGCUGUCACUCACGACCCUUACCAGAGGCAGCGCUCCGAAAACAUUCAAAGCAGGCAGCACAGCCCCCCUCUCCACAGAGAGUAUCCUCGCUUCACCCCCAACCUGUCCCCCCCGCUCUACCACACAUUAGAGACGCACGCACACAUCAGGUGCGGCAUCCCUGAAUGGACCGCUGCCUCCUAAAGGACGUCAAUCUUUGCGAUUCUCCAAAAAGAUGCCGAAUACGAAAUCACCGCUGUGUCAUUUUGUGCUGUGUGAAGUGGUCACGUGUUGGUCCCCUGUGCUGCUCCAAAUUCAACAAAAGUCACGACGUUGUACAAAAGCCCCACUUUUGAGCAGCACAAGGAACAUCAAAGUGGUAUUUUAUUGUCUUUCCUGUAACUCAAUGACUGAUGUCAACCAAAUGUUUGCACUGUGACCGAAGCCCGAACAGAACCAGGCUGUUUUUCCCUCCACUUUGCGUCAUCGUGAAAGAUAUAAAUUGUGACCCAUCGCCAGACAUUCAUGGACCAAAAUAAUCUCACGGCACAAGCCUUAGGGGUAGCCUUUUAUUGUGUUUUAUUUUUGAAAUCUUUAGCGGAGCAAAGCACAGCUCCGUGCGUGGCCCUCAUGACACGGUGUUUGUGUGCGCGCGUGUGUCAGCUCAGCUCAAGAACGCUACGAGCUCAUUUGCAACGAAACAGGCAGUAGUAGCCGCAGGCGCUGCAGCACAGAUAAACAGUUUGUUUCGACGGCGCUACAGGCCGAGGGACCUGUAAACACUGCUUCCACCGCAUUCUGGGUAAAUGUACAUCUCAGCAUCACACAUCUGUCGCUGUUGUCCUCUCUGUCACCCCCCCAGUUGACCGAUCAUCUCGAGGGCCAACAAAGGAGCUCUGGCUCCACCCUUGUCCUGAGCUGACCACUCCAAGCUGAUGUUUUCUUUCUUUUUUUGGGGGGGGGGCGGUGCCAGUUUUUGUCCUGUUUUGAAUAAGUCAUCGUCAAAUGUUGGCCUUGGACUUGUGAGGGUUGUAAACACAGUGCUGUAAAUGAGAUGUUCUAUCCACUCAGGUGAAUAUAUGUUGAGUAUUAGUCUACUUGGCAUCCCAAUGGGUCCUUGUUAGUCCCACAUUUACUGUAGUUCCAAAGGAAACCCAUUUCCCUCCACAUCUGGAUAGUGUUACUUCCUGCCUGUGCCGACUGUAAAACGACAACUGUGGCUCUGUGCAAAAGCGAAGCAAGUUGAGAUUUUCUUUUUUUUUUUGUAGCAGUUUUGUUACAUUUCCACCCGGGUUUUAUAUGCAGUAACAUGAGAAGGUGCUCAGUUUGCGCCCUCAAUGGGGGCUUGUAUGUGUGUGAGACGGUA